CUUUGACGAAGUGAAGUUAGUUUUUGUAAGUACUUUUUGACAAAAUUUACUUUGAAGAAAGUAAACAUUUCAAAGAACAUGAGCUAUAAAACUAAAUAACCAUGUGUUUCAAAGUGAUGCUUGAGUUGUACCGGAACAUGUUCCAAUUCUUCGUCCACCAGUGUCUGUGGUCUUACUCGUUCCUCAGUUUCCACUGCGGCGGAGCUCUGCGGGCGGUGGUCAUCCUGUGUAUGCUGGCUGCAGUAUUCUUGGCCACCUUUAUAGCUGCUCUGUUCCUGGUCAUCUGCUGGAUGGGCUUCGCUCAGAUCCGCAUACCGUUCACGAACAAGACCGUGCUUUGUGAAGGUAACGAACUCCCUGAAUCCAUAUCCAACGCAAUAAAAUGGAGCAGUGACUCCUACAACCAAACAUACAAGUGGGCCCAUGAACAAUCGAACAGAACCGUCCACACCACAACUGGUACUUUCAAGCGGAUCUUCUACGCUGCAUAUAACAUUAUAGGCAGCGUUGUUUACUUUGUCUACUCAGUAUUCAAGAAGAUUUUCAACGUAACUAAAGAUACGGUAGCGUUAUCCUAUGAAACAGCGUCUCGGGUUUAUGGCGCUGUUAAAACUGAACUGGUAAAAGGUAAAAAUGUUACAGUGAUUGCUGUAACGACAGCAACGUAACUGGGCAGUUAUGGAUUUGUUGAAUAAAGUUUUUGGUGUUAGUGAGA